GCCAUUUACCCAUGUGCUAAAUUCAAAUGACCUAUUUGUUUAAAACCUAAAGUAUGUUGAAAUUCACCUUUUAAUACCAUAAACUGGGGAAGUGAACAAACUCUACCACAAAAGUACCAGAAGCAUCUUUGACAUUAUCUGACCUGCUAUAAAUACUCGUGUUGAUGGUGAUAUCGAUUAUAUUUCUCUCUACUGGCAGAAACAUUAAAACUAGCGCUUUUAGCAGAGAAAUGAAGAGUGCGUAUUGAUGCUUUAAGAUAGUUGUAAUACUUGUAUUGCUGUGUUUGCAUUUGGUUCAAAUUUAUUGUGUGGUAUUUGAUAACUUUUGGAGUUUGUACUUGGACUGUAUCUGUAUGAAAUGCAGUGUAAUCUUGGAGGUUAUCUUGUUAUUGUUACUGUAAAAUGUAAGCACUAAACUUAUCUGGUCCUGGUAAUUUGUUCAGUUGUCAGUAGCAUUUAAACGCAUUUCUCCAUUACAUUAAAUAUUAGCUUUCACAAUCUAUUGCCAGCAUAUGUGCAAUACCACAAUUUUGACAAGACAAUUUGAUUCGUACUUUAGUAUACAACAAAAUAAAAAAUAUACUGACAUAGAUUGUAAGUGAAUGACAGUGCGUUAUUAAAGGGGACCUAUAAUGCCCCUCUGGCUAAGUCUCUGGUGUCCCCAGAAUGUGUCUGUGAAGUUUCAGCUCAAAAUACCCCACAGAUAAUUUAUUAUACCUUGUCAAAUUUGCCCCUAUUUGGGUGUGAGCAAAAACACGCCGUUUUUGUGUGUGUCCCUUUAAAUGCAAAUGAGCUGCUGCUCCCGGCCCCCUUUCCAGAAGAGGGCGGAGCUUUAACAGCUCGCGCUUCGGUUGCUCAACAACAACAAAGCUGGAGAAUCUCAUGCAGCCAAAGUGAGGAUUGUCAGUAACAGUGUUCAGCCUUACAUUGUUCAAACCGGAGUCGACACUGAUGGAGAGACUCAGGAAGAAGUUACAACUUUUAGAAUGAAACUGGACGUUUCUGAAUGUGUAUGAGAGGAUGGGAGUCGUCCUGCGGAACCUGCAGAAUGUGGUUCCUCUGAGGCGCGCCAGACUGCGCAAAGACGUGGAGAUCCUCAGACACAUAUUCGGCGUGCAGAAGUUUGACCUGGGCAUCAUCUGUGUGGACAACCGCAAGAUCCAGCGGCUCAACCACAUCUACAGGAAGAGGAAUCAGCCCACGGAUGUGCUGUCCUUCCCCUUCUAUGAGGAUCUGAGGCCAGGCAAGAUCCCAUGUGUCCUGCAGAGAGACGAGUAUAACCUAGGGGACAUCUUCUUAGGUGUGGAGUACGUGAUGCAGCAGUGUAAAGAGACAUCCCAGGAUCUUCAUCAGACUCUUACAGUGGUCACAGCUCAUGGAAUCUGCCACUUACUUGGAUACAGACAUGAAAGCGAAGAGGACUGGAAUGAGAUGCAGGAGAAGGAGAGUUACAUCCUCAGCGAGUUCAACAGGCUGACGGGCAGCCGCCUCGAGCCCCUCACAAAGAGAUGCAGCACACAGGACACGUGACGGGCGCAAACUCCCGGACCAUCCACGGGGAACAAGCACAUUUGCUGCCAACAUGCACUAAUGAGAACGUACACUUCUUGAAUUAAAACAAAGAAACAA